AUGUCAGCAACUAAUACGUACCAAAACGACGCUAGAGCCACAGCGCCUGGUGGAACUACCCAGGUUCCAGGGAUGAGAACGACUGGGAACGACGGAACCAUGAGCUCAGACUACAGACACGACGACACGCGCUACGACGAUCGUGCUGUUGACCAUCGCGAAUCUGGCGAGAAGAAGACAAAGAAGACGAUGGCCUUUGCGGGGCUUGCGUUGAUGGACUUUCUCCUGAUCUCCGUCAGGUUUUGGCAGUUUGUCUUCAGCGUUAUUGUCCUGGGUCUGUUGGCCUACGUCUUGAAAGGCUACAGCUUCCAUGGCAGCACCAAAACCAACUAUGGGCUGGCAGUGGCAGCCAUCUCUGUGUUUUACUUGCUGCUGUUAUGUGUGCUUGCGCCCGUCCUGCACGUAUUUUUGAUGCCCGGGCUCUACCUCUUGAUGGAAUUAAUAAUGAUGAUACUGUGGCUAGUCGCCUUCGUUGUCCUUGCCAAGUCUCAUGGCUCAACUUCGUGUGGGCUAAAACAGAGCAGCUCCUACAAUUCUCAGUAUGGUUCGUUUCAAAGUUUCCAAUCCUCCGGCGGCUCUUACGACCCUUACACAAACCGCUACACCUCCAACGCCAAUACCAGACCUUGCCACAGUUCUCAGGCUGCUAUUGCGUUCUCCGGUAUUACGCUUAUCCUGUUCAUGCUUACACCAAUCUUGAUCGGAUUGCUGGUCAUCAAACCCCUGGUCAACAGAGGCGGUACCAAGGCGGCGUGGGCACCUUACAAGAAUGUUGGCUUGAAACUUAACCCAUGGACUGGAUUGCGUGUGAGUAGUGCCGAAGGCAACGACGCGGAGGCGCUAGCAAACCAUGCUUCAGGCCAAGGCGGCGUGGGACAGGACCAGCACACGUUCUCGACAGGCGAUUCCACCUACAACGGCGCACACCACGACAAGAUGGCAGAGACUGACCACAGACGUAACGUAUCUGGCACGACGGAUAUGGACCCUAAUAUGAACAACCCAGCCUACAGCGCUAAUCCUACACACACUACCACCACCCAUAAUACUGCACCUGCGACCCAAUCUACCACUGGUCCUAAAGUAACGAGUAAUACCACAUAUUCUAGAAACGAGCCCAUCAUUACUGACCCAUCUCCUAAUCCAGUCACUGAGAGCCGUCGCCCUAUGGGAACCGACACUCGUGUUUAA